CCUAAAACAAAAAACCCAUUAAAACGAAAGAAAGAAAAAACAACUCAAAAAGAUGGCAAGGCAGCUCAGAACCAGAUCUCUCUGUAGCUCAUGACAUAAGUAGAAACAGAUCCAAGGAACAAAAAAAAAAACCAGACCCAUGUCUGAAAAUCCACUUGUUUCUGUAAUAAAUGAGGUCAAAGCUUUAGCCCUUUUCCUUUUAAACCAUGUUCUUUGUAACCAUUGUUGAUGUUCAUUGAAAGAACACUUUUGAAAAUUUUGCAUCUUUCUUUCUUCCUUUCUGGUUCACUUUCUCGUGUUUUCAUAUCAUCCAAUCAAUUUCAUAGUCAAAUAAGAAGUGUCUAUCAGUUCUUGAACCUCACCAUUAAUGGUUUCUCAUCCCUAGGCCAAGUUUUUAUUUUUGCCUUCAUUUUAGGUCCCUCAAAAAGAUCCCUUUCAAAUAACUUGUUUUUCUAUUCCAAAAUCUGAAAUUUGGUUGAAUUUAGAGCUAAAAUUGUGUUCUAGGCACAAAGUUCACCAUUUCCUAAUGGAAACUAAGGGUUUUAUUGAUUUCAUUGGCUUCUUACCACUGUUCACCCUUUUUGUCUCCAACAUAUCUAUGGCCAACACUUGGUUCAUUGGGUCUAUCGAACUGGGUUUUCAAGGUUCUCAAAUAAAUUGGAUCGACAAUAAUGGGUUGUUCCUAGUAUCAAACAACUCAUUGUUUGGUUUUGGCUUCACCACUACCAAAGAUGUCACAUUGUUUUUCCUGGUUAUCAUGCAUUUGGAGACCACAAAGGUCAUUUGGGUAGCUAACAGAGACUUCCCUGUUUUGAAUUCAGACCAGUUUGUGCUCGAAAAAAAUGGCAAUGUUUUGUUACAUAAAGGGCCAAGUGUUGUCUGAACGACAAACAGUGGUGGCACUGGCAAUGGGAUGUACGGUCUGGUGUUGCAGGAUUCAGGGAAUUUGGUUUUGCAAAAGGGUGAUGGGAAAGUAAUGUGGCAAAGCUUUGCUUAUCCUUCGGAUACCAUGUUUAAACAAGGGAUGAAACUUGAAAGCAAUCUUAAUCUUAGUAGCUUGAGUUAUGUCCUCAAAAUCGAGCAUGGAAACAUGGUUCUCUCCGCCAUUUACUUGAAUCCACAGCCAUAUUGGUCGAUGGGAAAGGAUGCUCGAAGGAACAUUGACAAAAACGGUGGAGAGGUGGCUUUUGCUUCUAUUGAUCGGAAUUUAUGGAGGUUCUUCGAUGAAAGUAAAAUGUUGUUGUGGUAGUUUAGUAUCUUGAAUGCAACUUGGAUCGCAGUGUUGGGAAGUGAUGGGUUUAUAAGGUUCUUCGAUCUAAAUACAAAAGGGUCUUCGGGAACUUCAAAAGGUCUCGAUGAUCCGUGUGGGACACCCGAAGCUUGUACGCCUUAUUUUGUUUGCUCCGGUUUGGUAGGAAACACUUAGUGCCAAUGUCUAUUGGAGCUUAGUCCGAGCACUUGCAAAACAGGUAUUGCUUCCCAUUGUGGUAAUGGAAAGGAUGAUGAUGUAGCUCUUGUAGAUGUAGGAACCGGGCUCGAUUAUUUUGCACUUGGCUAUGUUUCUCCUUCAUUGAAAACAGAUCUGAGUGGCUGCAAAGCAUUUUGUGUUAGUAGUUGCCACUAUAUGGUUAUGUUCUAUGACAAUAGCUCAAGGAAUUGUUUCCUUUUUGAUGACGUUGGGAGCUUCCAAAGCUCUAAACACAAGUCUGAUUUGGUUGCUUUUGUGAAGAUGUCGAGAAAUGAAAAUGGUGGAGAGGGUACAAAAGGGACACGAGCCUUCCCAUAUGUUGUGAUUAUAGUGGUUUUUGCUGUAGUUUUCAUUUUAAGCUUACUUUUUGUAUUGAGAUACUAUAAGAGAAAAAGAGCAAUGCUAGAAUCUCCUGGUGACAUUUUAGAAGAAGAUACCUUUUUGGAGGGUUUAACUGGGAUGCCUACUCGGUUCACUUAUAACGACCUUCAAAUUGCUAUGAAUAACUUCUUUGUUAAGCUCAGACAGGGAGGAUUCGGCUCGGUGUACCAAGGAACACUUCUUGAUGGAACUUAGCUUGCUGUGAAGAAAUUGGAAUGUAUUGGUCAAGGGACAAAAGAAUUUCGACCUGAAGUUGGCAUUAUCGGAUGUAUCCAUCACCUCCAUCUAGUCCAAUUGAAAGGCUUCUAUGUGAAAGGAAGCAAUCGGCUUCUUGCUUAUGAAUACAUGGCAAAUGGUUCCUUAGAUAAAUGGAUCUUCAGAAGAAAUGGAGAAGAAUAAUUGCUGGAUUGAGAAACGAGGAUCAAUAUUGUAGUGGAAACAGUUAAAGAGCUAGCUUAUCUCCAUGAAGAUUCUGAUGCAAAGAUAGUGCAUUGUGACAUAAAGUCGGAAAACAUAUUACUUGAUGACAAUUUCCUGGCGAAAGUCUCCGAUUUUGGCUUGGCAAAGCUAAUGACUAGAGAGCAAAGCCAUGUUUUCACUACUCUAAGGGGCACCAGGGGGUACCUCGCACCUGAAUGGAUCACAAACUACGCAAGAUCAGAGAAAAGUGACGUUUACAGCUAUGGCAUGCUGCUGCUGGAGAUCAUUGGGGGAAGGAAAAACUUCAACCCCUCUGAAUGUUCAGAAAAAUCGUAUUUCCCAUCCUUCGCUUUCUAGAUGUUAGAGGCAGGGAAGCUUAUCGAUAUCAUUGAUCCACAGCUGAGCAUAGAAGGCAAGGAGGAGCGCAUUUACACUACUAUCAAAGUUGCAUUAUGGUGCAUACAGGAAUAUAUGCAUUUAAGGCCAUCAAUGAAAAAAGUUGUUCAAAUGCUAGAAGGUCUCUUCCUUGUUCCAAAACCAUCAAUGUCUUCUCCGUUAGGUUCUGAGCCAUUCGAAUCGAUAGGCGUGAUUGGAGAUGGCACAGUUUCAGCCUCAGCACUAUCGGAGUUCAACGGUGGUGAUUAUCUUUCAACUGUUCGGCUUUCUGGUUCUAGAUAACGGUUUCUUGGGAGGACAGUUGUAGUUCAACUGUUGCUUUAAUCAUUAAUUUAGAUUAGGUGGAGUUAUACAGAUGAAGUUUUGAGAUGUAUAAAUGAAUCUUUAAUUUUGAUUUGA